GCCUGAGGCCAGCGGUAAUUUGAUUAAUCCACCGGAGGAGUAGGCACACGCUCGGCUGCGGAUUCUGCAGUAAGAGGGCUGAAGAGACUCUGAAGAGAUGGAGACUUUAGUCUUUUUGUUCUCAUUUUCUGCCCUUGGCAUUCUUUAUGCCAUGAACACCAUACCUGAGCUUCAAGAGCCUUAUGUGAUCCUUCAGGUCGGUGUGGCCGUACUGGUGGUCGUGUUCCUGUUCUAUUUCAUCAUCACCCGUGGCAACCCACCUAAAGACCUCUUAUUCUUUGAAUUUUGCUUCACUUGUAUCAUCGACCUCACAAGUGCGUUGGAAUAUGAUGGAAUUAUUUCUGGCUUUAUGGAAUUCUAUCAGAAAACAGGAGAGCCCUACCUGGGGACGUCCUAUGCCAUAAUGAUGUGUUACUGGGAUGGAAUUGCUCAUUUUAUCAUGUACCUGAUGAUGAUCAGCAGGAUAACUGACAGGAAAGCCUAUCGUACACUGGGAUUGUUCUGGGCUGGCUCCCUGUGCGCGAACAUGAGCGUGUUUAUCAACGGAAUUGUGGCAGGUAAAUACGGGUCAGAGAUCCGUCCGGCCUUCUGGCUCAAUUUCCUCUUCCUUUUGAUGCCGGUGUUGGGAGCCAUUUCGCUGUUCACUCGACCCAAGGACAGACCACUAAUUGGUGGAUACAAUGCGCAGCACGCUCAGAGCAUGAAGCUGAUUUGGCGUCCCGCAGAUCUCCUCCUAGUCCUUCUUCUGUUGGCCUCCAUUGCUUUCACCGUCCUCAGAGGGUUGGUGGCUCUGGACUCCCCACUCGAAGCCUGCUCUGUAUAUCUGAAGCAAUUUGAGCCCUACCUGAAGGACCCUGUGGGCUUCCCCAGAGUCAUGAUGCUGCACUUGUUCUUUUAUGGUCUGCCUCUCCUGGGAGCGUUUGUUUAUGGCCUCCUUAAGCCCGGGUGCACGUGGAUGUCAGACUGGACGAUGUUCCUCGCUGGGGCCAUGAUCCAGUGCCAGUGGUCCCACAUCGGGGGGUCCCUCCACCCUCGCACCACAGCUUCAUUUCGCAUUCCCAACGACGUGUUCUGGACAGUGCUGCUCGCUAACUUGCUUUAUGCAGCCACUCCUGUUCUGGUGGCCCUGAGGGUUCAGAGCAACCCCUAUUUCUUCUUAAAAAUAGCCCCUUUUCCUGGUCAGACAGGUUUGCCAAACAGUGAGGAGAAAGAUACCAAGUACAAAGAAAAAUAAUUCUUUAUCCCUUCCGACUCUUCUCAUGGUUCAUGAGCAGCUGUUUUAUUACAAAUGCUGUGUUUGAAAAAGACAAAAUACAAGAUUAUUUUGCUCAAAACCCUUGUGUUUCAGUCAGUAUUUUUUUGCUUGUUUGACGUUCUUUUACUCGCUAAGUCGAUAAUAAAUAGUGGUACAGAGGCAGAGAGACAGGACAGAAAGUUACAUCACCAAAUGGUUGUGAAUACAGCCGAAAAAACACUAGAUUUAAUGCACCUCCAGCCUGUUGGCUCUAGUAACAGCUGCAAAGUGGUGUUUUUUAACAGGAUAAAUUUUGAUUGAAAAGCAAAAUGUGUCGCGCCCCUCUGUUCCUCAUUAAUCAUGAUGAUGAUUUCCUUUUGAUGCUGCGUUGUGUUUAUUUGAUUGGCAUUAAUCACAAUCAGGAAGGUGUUUUGCAGGCUGUAGUGUA